CAAGGUCAGUGAAAAUCUUGAGCCACAAAAAGUUAUGUCCUUGUGCCAUCAUAACUCAGAGAAAUUUCUAUUUAUUAUAAUUUUCUCUGUCAUUGGUAAUUUUCUCUGGAAGUUAUAUCUCUCUCAACACAUUAGUUAUAUUUCUACUGCUCAUUUCAUUUCUCUGUAUAUUUUCUUAUUCCAUUUUUGCGGCUUGUUUGAUUUUCACUGUGUAUAGUUGGAAUGCAACUGGAACAACAACCAACAACCCAACAAGAGCAAAUCCCACACAAACAACAACCGAAACAAAAGAAGAAACUCUAUGUCAAAAAAGAUCCAACCUCAAUGAUAAAAAAUUUAAAGGCAAAAGAAAGGAAGGAAAAGCAGCAUGAUCCAGAAUUCCAAUAUCCAAAAGUUGCGAAAGUGACUAGAGCUUCAAAACAAGCUGCAAAACAAGUUGAGCAAAGCACAAAGGACAAAGAAGUGCUUGAUGCUGAUGCAUACGUCUUGCCUCAACCUAUAAACAUCACAAAAUCUUGGGUCUUUCCACAAACUCUUCCCAUUUCAAGAUUGAUAAAAGAUCAUAUAAAAGACAUCUUGCAGCACAUAUCAAAUGUGUCUGGGCUUGAAGCUUUAAUUUGGACAAGUGAGUCAUUGAUAGCUAUGGAGAGAUCCUUUUGGCUGACCAAAUCAGAGAGAAACAACAACCAACCUCAUUUUUUUUCACAUCCAUGA